AUGGAUCGUCGCAGACCUCGUCCCCGAGGAGAACCUCCGGGUCGACACGGCGACGGCAGCAACCACCUGAGUGACGCCGAGGACUCUGUGAUCCUGCGAAAGCAAAAUCUCCGGCGCCGAUCGGACCGUGAAAGAGAUGACGAAUUUAUGGACAACGUUGGAAGCUGGGGGCCUGAUCCCGCGCGUGACUUGAUGUACUAUGGCCAACGCUCCACGAGAGGCGGCCCUCAAGGUAGACGGGGCGCAGUAUCUUACGACAGAAAUGACUUCAUGGACGAUAUGGAUUCGUUUGGUCCACGUGGAGGUUGUGCGGGAAACAAAAUGGCUCGCCAUAUGGACGCUAUAUUGGCCGAGAUGGAAUCGACUGAACGUGAAGGUCGUACAGGAGCCAGAGACAUUGACGACCACUUCAAUACUCUCAUCAUGGAUGACCUUCCAACACUCAGAAAGAGUCGCGCCUACAUGAGGGAAACUUUGAAAACGCUCAGAAGUGGCGAAGAGCGCAGAAGGCUCAGAGACAAACUUGGACAUGAUCACUGA